AUGAAUAUUAAUCCUAAUGCAGACCCUACUAAUAAGGAAAAAUAUCCUUAUGUUAACGAUUCACUAUUAUUUCGUAGAGUUCAACAGUAUAUUGAAACCUUUGAGGACCCUGAAGGAAUAGACACUGAUUCUAUGGUUGAAGACCUUAGACUGAAAUUUAAAGAGUAUGGUAGAAGACAAAAAAGUGCUUUUAGGGGAAUGGUUAAAAGGGCUUACAGGAUUAUCAUGGAAAGCAGAGAUGAAAAUAAUUCAGCCUCUGAAAAUUCUGAAUCCGAAGUAGAAAUCGACAAUAUUGAUGAUAAUGAUGAAGAAGAUGGUCCUGUUGAAGUUGGAUUGGAAGCUCAGAAUGUCUCUGUUACUUCCACACCUUACUUAAAUUCCAUCCAAAAAAUAUUUAUGAAGCAGAAUGGUAGUGCAUCUGAAAUGCAGGAAUUAAUUAAUAUUAGCAGUGACGAGGAUGAAAAAAAUUCCAAUGGUAAUGGUAGAAGUCAGAUUCCAACCAACCUUAAACAACGGAAGAGAAGUCAUGUUAUGGCUCAGUUUACUAAACUGCCCAAUGUUAAAGUUACACCUGUUGAAAUCAACAAAAGACCUUCUCCAGCUGAUGCUUACACGCCAGAUCCAAAGAAGCCUAAAAUAAAGGGUACAAUCAUUGCACCUAUACCCAGUGUAACUUUUGACUCUUUUGGAGGUUUUCCUAAAGUUCUUCAAGAUAUAAGUGAAUUAGUUAUUCACAUAAAAGAUGUGGACAUUUACACAGAACUUGGUGUAACUCCACCUAGAGGAUUUCUUCUCCAUGGGCCUCCAGGUUGUGGGAAAACACUUUUGGCACAAGCUGUUGCUGGUGAACUGAAAGUACCAUUGGUUAGAGUUUCUGCCCCAGAACUGGUUGCUGGAGUGUCAGGUGAAUCAGAAUCCAGAAUAAGGGAGCUUUUUGAUUCUGCUGUUGCCAGAGCUCCAUGUAUACUUUUCAUUGAUGAAAUAGAUGCUAUCUCUCCUCCAAGAGACGUUGCUCGAAGAGAGAUGGAAAGACGAAUUGUUGCUCAACUUCUUACAUGCAUUGAUGGGCUCAGUGAAGUUGAAGGUGGAAGCAAGGUAAUAAUUAUUGGUGCUACAAAUCGACUAGAUGCUCUGGAUCCAGCACUGAGGAGAGCAGGAAGAUUUGAUAGAGAAGUUUGUUUGGGUAUACCUGAUAGAACUGCUAGGAAACAGAUCCUUCAAGUUCUUACCUCUGGGAUAAAACUAAGUCCAGAUAUAAAUUUAGAUAUACUUGCUGCCGCUUCUCCUGGAUUUGUUGGUGCAGACCUAAAGGCACUGAUGUCUGAAGCUGCAAUAGCUGCUGUAAAUAGAGUUUUGAUCCAGCAGAAAGAAAAUAUUCGUUUGACUCAAUGUUCAACAAACGGUGAAAUAAAUAUAUCCUCUGAGUCAACUUCUACUUUGGAUGGGAAUAGUGAAAUAGUUGAAGCACCAAUGGUUAUCGAUGAUAAUAAUGUUACUACGUCUUGCAAUAAGAAAUCUGACAAAGUAGAUGAUUUUAGUUGUUUGUUGAAAUGUAGUGGAACACUUCUGACCCACGAACAGCUUAAAAAUCUAUUUAUCGAGAUGGAUGAUUUCACUAAAGCAUUUAAAUCAGUACAACCUUCUGCCAAGAGAGAAGGUUUUGCUACAGUUCCAGAUGUAACUUGGGAUGAUAUUGGAUCCCUAAAAGAUGUCCGCAGUGAGCUUCAGAAGUCUAUUAUGAUGCCUGUAAAAUACGUCACUGAAUUUGAAAAAUUAGGAAUUACAGCUCCUUCUGGUAUAUUACUUUGUGGUCCACCUGGUUGUGGUAAAACUCUGCUUGCCAAAGCAGUCGCUAAUGAAGCUAACAUAAAUUUUAUUUCAGUCAAAGGACCUGAAUUAUUGAAUAUGUAUGUUGGUGAAAGUGAAAGAGCUGUUAGACAGUGCUUUCAAAGAGCCAAAAAUUCUCAACCUUGUGUCAUAUUCUUUGAUGAAAUAGAUGCAUUAUGUCCCAGAAGAUCAGCUUCUUCAGAGGGUCAUAAUGCAAGAGUUGUUAAUCAAGUGCUAACAGAAAUGGAUGGUAUUGAAGGCAGAAAGGGAGUUUUCCUCAUGGCUGCUACUAAUAGGCCUGAUAUGGUUGAUCAAGCGGUUUUGAGACCAGGAAGACUUGAUAAAAUUUUGUAUGUGGGCUUACCUUCUGCUGAAGAUCGAAUUGAUAUUUUAAAAGCUCUUACAAAGAAUGGCACUAAACCACUAAUGAAGGAUGUUGAUCUCGAACAAUUUGGAAGAGAUCCGCUUUUAGAUGGAUACACUGGAGCAGACUUGGCUGCCUUGGUGAAAGAGGCCUCGGUUAUAGCUCUUACUGAAUUUAUUAACCACAAUGAUACAGGUGAUCCUCAUGUUUCCACCAAUAUGCUCAAACUGGCUGCUCAAAAUAUCAGGCCAUCAGUUUCAGUCAAGGAUCUUAAACGUUAUGAGGAGUACAGAAAAACCUAUGGACUUCCUCAUAAAAAACUGCCUCCUGAAGAUGUUUAA